AUGUCUUGGAGAGCUGAUGGAACGAGACCUAAUGUGCCUUUACAGUGGCCACGUUGUGGCCUACGAGCAAGGCAAAACGAUACACAUGAUAAAUCAUCUGGACCAAACGCAUCGAUUGUGUCGCCGCCUGGCCAUUUCAUGUUCAUCUCUUUCUCUCUUUACACAUACAUUCGCACAGUAUCUAUCUACCUCAGUCUGUUCACAUCUAUCUAUCUAUCUAUCUAUCCAGUUCCUUAUUUACCCGUUCUCUCUCCCCUCUCUUUGCUCUCUUUCUAUCGCUUUGCCUGUCCCUCUCCCUCUUUGCCAUUACUUAUUACCUUUGAAGCCUCUUUUUGUUUAAUUUAUAACUCCCCCUUUGUCUUUAUCUCAUCUUCAAUUUCUUUUCUCUCCUCUUUAUUUCUAACCUUAUUUCCUUUUCUCUCCACCUCUUUCAUCAUUUUAAUUUUCUUUCUGCCUCUCCUCCACCCGUUACCCUCAUCACGUGAAAGAUUUCUCUCUCCCUCGCUCUUAAACUUUCUCCCUCCCUUAUUAAUUUAUGUUCUUCUCUCUCUCUUUGUUUUUGCUUAUUCUCUCUGGUCAUUAUACUUCUCUUUCGGUCUCCUAUAUUUUCCUCUUUAUCUGUUUUCUUCCUUUCUUUCUUUUUUCUUCAAGUUGUUCUUGAUAUCCUCUGUCGUCUCCUCAUAUAGCUUUCACAGCCUUCUCUCUCUCUCUCUCUCAUUCUACUGUCUGUUUAUUUUAAUUCUCUUUCCCUCCCUCUCAUUUAAUAUUUUCACUGUUUCUUUUUCUCUUUUCUUUUCCCCGCUCAAUAGUAGCGCUCAUCAUUUCCGCAUCCAUCACGGACGACGGCCGGAUGGUCACAGCCCGUGUGGCCGGUGGAGCGUGUCAUUGUAUGACACGGUCUACGGCCGAUUGUUAAUCAGGCCCAUACACUAUCAACCCCUGGCCACUUUCCGAUGCACUUUCUUUCUUUCUUUCUUUCUUUCUUAUCAAUCUAUCCCACUUUUUUCAUCCCACUAUCUAUCUAUCUAUCUAUCUAUCUAA